AUGUCAAAACUCACUCUAUACGACCUCCCAAGCAAAGGCCAUUGUCGCUGCUGGUCCCUCAACCCAUGGAAAACUCGUCUGGCCUUGAAUUUCAAAAACAUCGACUACAAAACAGAAUGGAUCGAAUACCCAGACAUCGCAUCCCGUCUCAGUCCCCAGUCCGUUCCUCCCACCUCUACACCCCAAUCACCCCUCUGA